GAGAAACACUCUCACGGCCACGGAUAUCUGUCCCUGCUCCUUAACAAUGCUGUUCGCACGGCCGCCCCCUCCUGAUUCUUUUCGAUGAGUUUCGCUGCUGGCUGGCCAUCCGGUUGUCCAGGCUGCUUCGGCCCCUGUCAAGCCACUGUGACUCGGUCUAUCGUGGCAAUUAUCAGAGAAUAUUCAUCCCCUACCUACACUAUUCCCUCAUUUCCUAAAGCAGGAUGGGUCUCCUCUCCAAUCCGCGUCUAUGGAGAGGCUCCUUUCCACUCUUUCUCUGUGCAUUCUUCUCGGUCACUUUUUUCCUUUGCGAUGGCAUCACGCUAGCAAAGCCGCUGUACCGCACCGUUGGAGGUCAGGAUGAUCAUUUAUUUCUAGAGAGACAGCAACGUCCUUUGGCUAGGCAGCAAUUAGCGGGUCCGAUAGAUGGUCUAUUUUCCGAUGACGGAUCCCAGAAACCCCUUCCUAAGGAUCCCGGCGAGACCACGGGCACCUUGAGGUGGGUGCUGAAUGCCAUGAGUGUGAUGCAGACGGAGUACUUCGUGAUAUGGCAAGCAAAAUGGCCAUCGGCUAAUGACUGGACCGCCGCCGUCAUGGGAACGCAGAUUUCUGCGACUCUCUCUGCAAUCUCUUCUUCCAUUAACUACUUGCUCAGCUGUACUCCUGGAUCCGCAGAGGCUGGCGGGGUUGAUGAUUCUGGCUCGGGAUCCCUUAAAGUAUUGGAAUACGAGAAUCUUAUCAAUUAUUAUUUUCACCAAGCUACUGCGUUCUGGUAUGGAGAAAACUUCUUCGGCCUACGAUUGCAAGCUAAUGACGACAUGCUCUGGGUCGUGCUCGAAUGGCUGGAAAAUAUCAAGUUCCAAAACUUGCAUUCAGAUUUGCAUUACCCAUCACCCUCUCAUCACAAAGAUCCUCUGCUUGGAUCCUGGCAUGGGAACCAGUUCAAAAUCCCGGCAGCGCAUAGAUCUCGCGUGUUCUACGACCUUGCCUCUAAAGGGUGGGACACCACCCUCUGCGGCGGUGGAAUGAUCUGGAGCCCGUGGCUGGUUCCGUAUAAAAACGCAGUCACGAAUGAACUUUUCGUUUCGGCAAGCAUUGGGAUGUAUCUUUACUUCCCUGGCGAUACUAUCCGUGAACCUGUUUCAACCAAGACAACUUUUGACGAUGAUUGGGUGUCCAUUCCACGCAACCCGGCCCAUCUCAAAGCCGCCACCACAGCGUACACCUGGCUGAAAGAUUCGAACAUGAUCGGUCAGAAUGGGUUGUAUGCAGAUGGUUUCCACAUCAGUGGUUGGAGCGAGCAUAGCCCCGGCACCGGCAGAUGCGAUGUUUUGAACACGAUGCUCUAUACCUACAAUCAAGGCAUCAUUCUCAGCGGAUUGAGGGGCCUCUGGCUCGCCACUGGAUCCGUGGCCUACUUGGAUGAUGGGCAUGAUCUCAUCGCCAAAGUCAUGAAGUCAACAGGCUGGCCCGACACGCAUGGCCGUCAAUGGCAAGGAUUAGGGAGAGGAGGGGUCCUCGAGGAUGCAUGCGACAGUUUAGGCACCUGUAGCCAGGAUAGCCAAACGUUCAAGGGCAUCUUCUUCCUGCAUUUUGCGGAGUUUUGUCGCCCGUUAAGGCCCCAGGAGAGACUUUUCCUUGAAAAGGUUGUCAACCACAACGUUGACGACGCUCACGACGGUGAAGGCUGGGAAGAAACCUUCAAAUUACAUCAAAAACGGUGUGCUUCUUAUGGGAAGUGGCUCAAGCACAACGCCGAUGCCGCAUAUAUGACUCGAAACGAAGAGGGCAAGUUUGGAAUGUGGUGGGGAAGGAAGUAUCCUGAUCAGGAGCCCAACCCUAUAGAGACGUCUGUGCUGCCUCUCGGUGCGGUCGAUUACCUCGACCUAAACAGCACAGAAUCCGAUUCUGAUUUUCUGAGCCCGCGACGUCCGGGCCCUGAUGUCCUUGGUAGUGACAAGAUCCGAGACUUACUGAAGAGAAGCGAAGUCAACGAGCCUAUGUCAUCGAUGGAUACCAAGGCACAUCAAGCGGACGUCCGCGAUGUAAACGACCGUGGUCGCGGUCGGACAGUCGAGACACAAGCUGGCGCAAUGGCGGUAUUCCGAGCCUUGUACCAAUGGGAAACCACACCCUCUCUAUCCUUUCAAGGACAUAACGCUUAAGGAGAGUGUUCAUAUCUUGUUGCUCACGAUCAAGGAGUCUGAGAGAGGUGAUUCUCUCUAGAUCUAAUCCUUCUAUACUUUUAUAACCGGGGUACUUGGAAAUAGAGUUGGUUUCCUUUUCCUAUUACAUUAUUGAUAUGCACCCUGCAAGCCGCACGCUAUCCUAGAACACACUGCCGCCCAUGGUCAUGGCGCUAUUCCUGUAUAUAGCCUUUAAAAAGUGCGUAUGCUUUACCCCGGUGGAUGCCGGCUGCUUCGUGCUUGGACUAGCGCAUUCUUGAAAGUGCUGCGUGCAUGUCCUUUCGUUCUCGUAUAUAGCC